GGCUUUGCUUCCGAUGUGCCUCGUAAUCCUCAUGCACAGAUCUCACUCCGUGGCGGAACGCUGGGUGCGAAGCGUCAAAAUUCUGCUGACCUAUGAGGACUCGAAGGCCAUACUAGAGUUUGUUUGCGGCUAAUCGUUCAGCAAGAUUUGAAUAGAGUUCCUGUAAUAGAAGACCGUCAAACAGUGUCGUUCGGUCACCGUGACGGAGAAGCCUGAGGUGUGUCUGCUGAUCGUACAAGAACCUCGCCCGGGAGCCGCAUCAUGUUGCAACCUUUUGGGCCGCCUCCAGGCUUACCCAUACUCCCGCAAACAUGGGCCUGUCACUUGACUACCAAGUUGCGCUAGGACUGGCGAUCUUUGUAGGCAUUAUUUACUAUGCAUCGUGGCAACGACGAGGACGCCGUCGUCACCUCCCGCCAGGUCCUCGACCGUUGCCUAUCCUAGGUAACAUACAUCAGAUGACCUUGGAAUACCCCGAGAAGAGGUUCGCAAAACUGAGGGAGAAGUACGGGGACAUCGUCUAUCUGAAGAUGUUUAAUACACCUGUCCUGAUUAUCAAUACCGUCCACGAUGCACGAGAGCUGCUGGAAAGGCCAGGCAAAAAGUACUUGAACAGACCGUAUUCAACGGUCAAGUUGAUGGAAUCGCUGGGGUGGGAUCAUAUAUCCGGUUUCCAGCCUUACACUGAGGAAGUCCGCAAGCACCGACGAUGGAUGCAUAUACCUUUCUUUUCUAAGAGGUCACUAUCCGUGGUUGCCGACGUGCAGCGACGCAACGCGAUCAAUCUGCUCGGCGGGCUACUCCGCAAUCCCGACGACUUCUGGGCCCAUAUCCACCGGUACACCGCAUCCACCAUGCUUCAGUAUGUCUCCGGGCAUACCGUCACAUCUGCGGACGACUCGGAUGAGUAUCUGGACAUCAUCAACAAAGCGCUAGAGGAAACGGUGAGGUCUGCCGCUCCUGGCACGGUACCCGUGUACUUCCUGCCAUUCCUAAAUUACAUCCCGGCGUGGGCGCCUGGUGGCAAGUACAAGCGAAAUGCGGCGUGGGUCAAGAGCAUAGUGAAAGAAGCGGCACAACGGACGUACGAUCUAGCAGAGAGCAAGAUUGGCGAGGAUAAGGAAGAGCAUGCCGUGAUACCCGCAUUGAUCAAGAGUUCCGCAGCCAAGGGAACACUGGAGCUUGAACGACAUGAAAUCAUGAUGUUUGGACUUGCGAUGUAUGCAGGUGGCAUCGAAAGUAGCCACGUGGCGGUGUCAGUCUUCAUACUUUUCAUGGUUCUCAACCCAGACGUCUACGCCAAGGCACAGGAAGAGAUAGACCGCGUCACUUGUAACGCACGGCUACCGACAAUCGACGAUAGACAUGCGCUGCCAUACCUUGAAUGUAUUUUGAAAGAGACCUACCGGGUUUCCUCCCCCGCACCUCUAGGCGUGGCCCAUGAAACUUCCGAAGACGACGAGUAUCGCGGAUACUGGAUACCUAAGAGGACGACGGUGAUCACCAAUAUAUGGCUGAUGUUGCACGAUGCUGAAGCCUAUCCCGACCCAGAGGUCUUCUGUCCGGACCGCUUCAACGGGCUUUACGCAAAUCAAGAGGAUCCUCGAAACAUUAUCUUUGGGUUCGGCCGAAGGAUAUGCCCCGGUCGCCGCUUCGCCGACAGUGGCAUAUGGCAGGCAAUGGCGAAUAUCACGGCGACGUUCGACAUCUGCAAGGCCCGGGAUGCAAUGGGAAAUGAGAUCACACCACCGGGGACGUUCACUUCUGGCCUCGUCCGUCAUCCUCACAGAUUCCAAUGCUCUAUCACUCCACGCUCCAAACAGGCCGCCGAGCUGAUCCUGGAUAAGGUUUCAGAGCAGGCAUGAUCGGAAGGGUCCCACAAACGUUAUAACAGCCUGGAUGAGAUUAUCGUGUCCAAGCUAUGUUACGAUUUCACAAUUUUCACGACUUCCGGAAUUUCGAGGAUUCGCUAGUGUACAUACAUGAACGGAAUCACAACACCAGCGAGGGAAAACAGCGCGAACACACAGCAACCAGCCGGCGAACCAUAGCAGAGUAUCUGAGGGCCGAUUCUGUA